UCGCUCAAGCGCCCACGCGACUGCUCCGCCCGGAGAGAAAAAGAGGGCAGACUCCCAUGCAGAAUGGAUUUAUACAUGACUUCGUUUAUCAGAAUAGCGAUUAAAAGUCUCUACCCUUGGAAGAAAAGAAAACUUGCAUCUCUGGACACAAACAGAGUCACCGAGAGUCAACUGCCUUCAGGCCCUCGCUGUCAACAGAGCUGAGCUUCUCUCUUGUUGCUGUGCUGGAAUUUAUUGUUACACACGUGUGAAGUUUGGAGGCAUGGACUUGAUACAACAGUAAACAGAUGAACAUUACUUAGGCUGUGUCAAGGAAAGAUGGGGACGACAGCAGCUGCGCCACUAUACCAGAGAGAGCCAGGGGAGGUUCUGCACAGAGGAGGCUGCAGCGGUCGUAUUAUCGAAUGAUAAAAAUCUUUCCGAGGCUGGGCACAGAAUUAAACGCCACAGCUGAGGAUCUUCUCAACAUGUCCUUACCUUUUGGAUAUGUCCUAAGAGUGCAGAAAAUAGUGAACAAUGGACACACAUGUGGCGAGGUGACUUAUUCUAAUGCUGAGGAUGCUGCCGUGGCCAGCAUGAAACUGAACGGAACCAAAGAUUUACUUGUGGGUCUUUUGCAGCCCAGGGAAGUCAGAGAGAAUGAAAGACCCCUCUCUCUCCUACAAGAUAGGUUAAGUAGCGUGCGAUCACAGAGACUACCCAGCCUGCUGGACUCGCUGCAUCCACCUGCUCACAUCCAGAGCGUGUGUCUUCAGAUUUGUAACUUGCCCGGACAUGCCGAUCAAAGGCACCAGGUUCUCAGCAUCCUCCCUCCAUGCACCACCAACGUGAAGAGCAGGAACGCAGGGGAAGAGCUGCUUUCCACAGGAACACUGAGGUCGCUUGCCUGCCUCUCUGCCCGCCUGGUUGGCUGGCCGUGCUGCCGGGAAACCCAUCCAUGUCCUUCCCUUUGUCUCUCCAUAAUUGGCCACGGCAGGAGGAAAGCGACGUGGACAUCUAAAAAAGAGAGGACAGAGGAGAGAGAAGAAAGGAAGAGAAAAGAAGAGGAGGAAGGGAGGGAGAGCCUCGUGACAAUGUUUUGAAGGGGAGGCAAAACAAAAAAGCAGGGACUGCGCUCGGCCAGAGUGGCAAAUCAUCACUGCAGACUGAGGUUCAAAUGAGGUUCACAUUUGGGUGUCUGUGUGACCUUGGAUUGCAGAACUCCGACCCCUACUGCAAGAUGACUUCUGAAGAGCUCUUCCACCUGCCGCUCAACGUCUAUAUCAUCAUCCUGGGCAUCGGCCUCUUCAUCCUCAUGCUCACCCUGAUCUUCUGCUGCUACCUGUUCAGACUCAAGCGGCAAGGUGCAAGAGAACAAUAUGGUUACAAUGAGGUUGUUUUGAAAGGAACGGGGAAGAAACUGAGCCUAAUUGGUCAAACAUGUGCGGUGUGUUUAGACGAAUUCCGCAGCAGGGACGAGCUCGGAUUGUGCCCAUGUUCCCAUGCUUUUCAUAAGAAGUGUCUGCUAAAAUGGUUAGAGAUCCGCAGUGUCUGCCCCAUGUGCAACAAGCCCAUCUGUCGCCUGCAGCAUGACCCCCCACAAGCACCUGAGCGGCCACAGAGUCUCCUAGAGGUCUGAGAGGGGGACAGAUGUCCAGCAGAACCUUACACUCUCCAGUCAGCUGACACCUGUCACUAUUGAUGGGUGCUCUUUCACUAUCCAACAUAAUGUCGUUUUAGCAAUGCAAACAUGUUUUAGGCAGAGCUACUUUGGAAGUAGAAAUUAUACAAUUGUCUAAAUUAAACCAUAAGUGCAGAGCCAAAGAGCUUAAACUAUGUUGGGGGAAACCACUGAGGUGGUUAAUGGUAAUGACUCUUCACUAACACUUGAUACGACAUACAUGAUAGCAGAUAGCAGAUACUGCAAUUUUCAGUACAUAGCCAGUAAGAUUAGUGCCUUAAAGCUGCAGAUCCUCUAAAUGAGAGACUACACACCCUUCAGUAAUGGCACACACUGAUGAUGAUUCCUGAAGUCCAGUUCACCCCUGAUUAUAGAUUUGUUAUGUAGGAAACAGGAAAUGAGUGAACACUUCUGGACAACAGCCCUGAAUUGUCUGGCACCACAUAAACGCACAAUAUGUAAUUUUCUGCCACUAGGGGGCCUCUCAAUCAAAACAAUAACAAAAGAUGGAGUUUGGUGGUGUUGUGAAGUAGCGUGGGAUCAUGGGAGUUGUUUUCUAUACACACACAAAUUGUUGGCACCAUCAUCAGAGUGUGAAGAGUUGUGUUGUUAGUGUUACUGCUGUAGCUCGACUAAAGAGAUUAUUUCUGCCCCCAGAGCUGCUCUGCCUCUAACAAAUGUUUGUAUGACAAACUCCAGUCUGCUCGUUUUCACUUUGCCCAAGAAAUGACAUGCAGUGCCACAUAAAUAUGAUGCGUCUUUCACUACAACUCAAGAGCCUGGAGCUUGGAAAGAAGAACAGUCCACUACCAGACACCAGCUGUGAAUAUGUCAAAAACCUCUUUUGGCUUAUUUCUGCCCCAGAUAUGACAGCAAAUGCGGAGAUUGUAAUAAAAGAAGAGGACUUUUAACAAAACAGAACAACUGUAAAGUAACGAGAACCAGGGCUCUGUGUAUUUUGCCUGUAAUCUUUCAUUGCCUCACAGUUAAUCAGCUCCAUCCGUGUUGCCAAACUGAGUGAAGGUAAUGAGGCCUUAAAUGGCAAGAGCGUUGGUCAUAUGGGAUCUGAUAAAAACUACAGACAACCAGUAAAUUAACACAUAUGUACAUGGCUUUGAAUUUCUAAGGAACUGUUUAUAUCAUAGCUGAUUUUAAGUAAAAGGUAUUGUCAGUGAUGCGAAAACAUGUUGACUGUCAUUUGUCAAAUAGUUGGAUGUCAUUGUUGCCAGUGGGACGGAUGAAAUCCUAUUUUCCAAUGUCUAAGAAGUGCUCUGUACUGCAGUGACGUACGUAGACACGCUGCACUGAUGUGAAGAGUGUUAGCUGGUUUCUUGUCUGAGUGAGAUGCACCAUAAACAUCAUUCUCUGUAUGUACCAUGUAAUAUAUUAUGAGUACUGUGUAAAUUGUAAAUGCUUUAACAUUUUCUGAUUUUAGAAGAAGAAAAAUAUAACCAGUGUUUUGAUAUGGUCA